AUGUCCAUGGAAGCCAUGGUUGUUGCAGGUAUAUUACUAACAUAUUUGAUUGGAUUUGGAUUUGAAUCAGGGUUACAAAGAUGUGGAAAAAAUUGUAGACUAAAAUGGAUUAAUUAUCUAAGACUAGGUCUUAAACGAGGAAACUUUACUUCACAAGAUGCCAUGCUCAUAACUGAUCUACACAGAACCUUCGGAAAUAAAUGGGCACAUAUAGCGAAACACUUACCAGGAAAAAUAGAUAGUGCAAUCAAAAACUUCUGGAACUCCAACAAGAAAAGGAAGCUUCUUCCUCAUGCUAACUCCUCUAGUCAUACUAUUGCUUCUAACCUUAGAAGUAAUGAGCAAGAUCAGGAGGGUUUGUUUAAUUUUAGGGCUUCUGCUGCUUCUUCUGUAUAA